AUGGAGUUCAAGCUCGGUGUUGCGGAGAUGCUCGAACGUCAAGGCAGGGCAGCUCGUGACCUACGUUUGAACACACGUACCGGCGCAUUCCGUGCUGGGCAGAGUUAUGAAUUUGCAUCAAACUCUACACUAGAUCGGCUACUGGACGAAGAACGAGAACUUCAAACGCUGCACGAUGAGUGCCGGAAAGCUCGUAAACGCUGCAACGAUCUCGAGGAAGUCCUGGGAGCGACACUAAAGACUCUAGACCACCGUCCGAAAACGACUUUAAAGCGCGAUCUCGCGUCCUGA